AGAGAAGUUAAGCCCCACUCUAGGCCCUACAUGGCUUACUUACAAAUUAAAAAUGAGACAAAUUCCUCUCGGUGUGGAGGGUUCCUGAUUCGCCCAGAUGCAGUGCUCUCAGCAGCUCACUGUGUGCAUGGAAAAGGAAAGGUGAAUAUCAAUGUGACCCUGGGAGCCCACAACGUAAAAAAGAAAGAACUGAGCCAGCAGAAGUUCCAUGUUGGAUUUUGGAUCACCCACCCCAAAUACCAAAAUACUGAAUCUGGAAAUGACAUCAUGCUGCUGAAGCUGAAGAAAAAGGCCGAGAUAAAUAAGUAUGUGAAAACCAUCUCCUUGCCCACUCACAACGAAACUGUCACACCAGGAACUGAGUGUAGUGUGUCUGGCUGGGGCUAUACAUCGCUGGAAGAGACUAAAACUGAUGUGAUGUUAGAGGUGGACCUGAAGGUGCAGAUUAUGAAAUAUUGCGAGAAGAUUUUCAAAGGCUACUCGUGGAAGUCUAUCUUAUGUGUCGGUGAUAGGAAUGGCAGAAAAUCAACUUACAAAGGUGAUUCUGGAGGCCCAUUAGUCUGCAAUGAGAAGGCUCAUGGCAUUGUUUCUUAUGGCUAUCAAAAAAAGCCCUUCCCUAAGGUAUUUACCAGAGUCUCCUAUUUUGAGCCUUGGAUCAAUGAACAGCUGAGGAAGUUUGCACUCCAAGAUCUACCUGGCUCUCCCUCCUCUGAUUAAAAUACUCAGUGCCCCUUCUUCACAACAUCUGCUGAUUCUCAGAGGCUUCCAGGGGCAGCUGAAACGGAGUCAGAGAUGCCUUGCCAGGUACCUUUUCUGUACUAAGGAAAGUCUCCCUGGCAAGGUAAGAAAGCAGGUCCCAAGCACACCCAGUUUCCCGUU